GUGAAAGAAGACAUUGUCAGUUACGCCAAGUACAAGUGGCCGCUGCUGUUCUCUAGAUUCUAUGAAGCCUACAAAUUCUCAGGGCCAAGCCUGCCCAAGAAUGACGUCAUCAUAGCUGUCAACUGGACAGGAGUGUAUGUUGUGGAUGACCAGGAGCAGGUGCUUCUAGAACUUUCCUUCCCAGAGAUUACAGCUGUUUCUAGCAGCAGGACUGGCAAGAUGCAUGGUCAGAGCUUUACGUUGGCAACCGUGAAAGGAGAUGAGUACACGUUUACCUCUCCAAAUGCUGAAGACAUUCGGGACCUGGUUGUCACUUUCCUGGAGGGUCUGAAGAAGAGGUCAAAGUAUGUCAUUGCUCUUCAGGACUAUCUGUCUCCAGAAGGAUCAUCGUUUUUGACAUUCAAGAAAGGGGAUCUGAUUGUCCUUGACCCUGUCAACAGUGGGGAGACUGUCAUGAAAUCUGGCUGGUGCUACGGCGAGAACGCAAACACCAAGAAGAAAGGCGACUUCCCUGCCGAGUGUGUGUAUGUCCUGCCGACAAUCACCAAACCUCCAACAGAGAUAUUGAACCUCUUUGUUCAGUCAGGUUCAGUGACUGAUCACUUCAACCAAGAUGAGAGUAAACCAAAUGAGAGUGUGUCAGUCUUGUACACAUUGGAGCAGUAUUCUUAUGAUCAUUUCCGGACACCCCCAAAACGCACACUAAGUGGAACACUGAAUAGACGAGGAAAGCAAAAUGAGGAGUUGUGGAAGCACUCAAAGGUUCCAUUGAAACAACCCCUUCUGAAGAAGCUGAUUGGCAAAGAGCAGCAGACAGCGGAUGCAUGCAACUGUUUCUUGAAUAUCCUUGCAGCAUUGCUGAAGUACAAGGAAAUCUCACAUAUAAAUACACUUUAUAUGGGAGAUCAUCCAGACCGCAAGAGCCGGGUGGCCAACGAGUUUACAGACAAGAUUUUCACACCUCCAAUUAAUCAGGAGAUCUUGAGGGAUGAAAUUUAUUGUCAAAUUAUGAAACAGCUCACAGACAACAGAAACAGUGUAAGUGAAGAAAGAGGUUGGGAGUUGAUGUGGCUGAUAACAGGAUGUUUUCCACCCAGUACUAACCUCCUGAAGGAGCUGACUGCCUUCUUACGUUCACGGAUGCAUAUAGGCAUCGCUGCAGACAGUUAUACUCGGCUCCAGAAAUGUCUCAGAAAUGGUGUUCGCAAGUACCCACCCCAUCAGGUUGAGGUCGAGGCCAUUCAGCACAAGACUACACAAAUCUUGCACAAAGUUUACUUCCCUGACGACACUGAUGAGGGUUUUGAAGUGGAGUCGAGCACAAGAGCUAAAGACUUCUGUCAAAACAUUGCCAACAAAUUGGGCUUGAAAUCUGCCGAAGGAUUCAGCCUAUUUGUCAAGAUCUCAGACAAAGUGAUCAGUGUUCCGGAAGGAGAUUUCUUCUUUGACUUUGUUCGACAUCUCACAGACUGGAUUCGCAAGGCUAGGCCAGCCAAGGAUGGUAUCCCUCCGACAUUUACAUAUCAAGUUUUCUUCAUGAAAAAAUUAUGGAUAAAGACGGUUCCAGGAAAAGACUAUCAGGCGGACAUCAUUUUUCAUUAUCAUCAGGAACUGCCGAAGUACCUCAGAGGUUACCACAAGUGUACUAAAGAAGAGGCUGCACAACUAGGGGCACUCAUUUAUAGAGUUUUACAUGGAGAUGACAAGAGCAAUCUCGCCAAAUUACAAGAUAUGUUGCCACGUCUCAUCCCGACUGACUUAGUGAAGGCACAGUCAACAGAUGACUGGAAAAGGGCAAUUAUCUCUGCCUACAACAAAGAUGCUGGAAUGAGUUCUAACGAUGCAAAAGUCAGUUUCCUCAAAAUCAUUCACCAGUGGCCUACAUUUGGCUCGGCAUUCUUUGAUGUUAAGCAAACCACAGAGCCAAGUUAUCCGGAGAACCUGCUCAUUGCUAUCAACAAGAAUGGUGUCAACCUUAUACAUCCCCAAACAAAGGAGUUGCUGGCCACUCAUGCCUUCUCUAAGAUCUCAAACUGGAGCAGUGGAAACACUUACUUCCACAUGACCAUCGGAAGUCUGGUCAGAGGAAGCAAGCUUCUCUGUGAGACCUCCAUGGGUUAUAAAAUGGAUGACCUUUUGACCUCCUAUAUCAGCCUCAUGUUGAACACUUUAAAUCGAAGAGGAAGAACAUAG